UGAAGAAGAAAUUAAAAAAGAAAAAAAAAAGAGGAGGAAAAAGAAAAAGAAAAAAAAAAGAAAAAAGAGAGAGAGGGGAGAAAAAACUCAUUAAUGCUUACCGUAAACCCUCGUCCUCAAAUCUCAACCCACUUUAACCUAAAUUGUCGAUCCUUUGCUCUCUGUUUCGCAUUUCCAUUUCGAUUCAUUCCAAUGGCUUUGCCCGACCAAAAGACUGUUGAUUAUCCGAGUUUCAAGCUUGUGAUUGUUGGUGAUGGUGGAACUGGAAAAACAACUUUUGUGAAAAGACAUCUCACUGGGGAGUUCGAAAAGAAAUACGAACCAACCAUUGGCGUGGAGGUGCACCCAUUGGACUUCUUUACAAAUUGUGGAAAAAUUAGAUUUUACUGUUGGGACACUGCUGGGCAGGAGAAAUUUGGUGGUUUACGUGAUGGCUACUACAUCCACGGGCAAUGUGCAAUCAUCAUGUUUGACGUUACUGCCAGAUUGACAUAUAAAAAUGUUCCCACGUGGCACCGUGAUCUUUGCAGGGUGUGUGAGAAUAUUCCAAUUGUUCUUUGUGGAAACAAGGUGGACGUGAAAAACAGGCAGGUUAAGGCCAAGCAAGUUACAUUCCACAGGAAGAAGAACCUUCAAUACUAUGAAAUAUCUGCAAAGAGUAACUACAACUUUGAAAAACCAUUCCUUUACUUGGCCAGGAAAUUAGCUGGGGAUGCAAACAUUCAUUUUGUCGAGUCUCCUGCCCUUGCUCCUCCAGAAGUACACAUUGACUUGGCUGCCCAGCAACAGCAUGAAGCUGAAUUAGCAGCAGCAGCAAGUCAACCUCUUCCAGAUGACGACGACGAUGCUUUUGAGUAGAAAUGGUCGACCAUAUGGUGAUGAUGCUGUUUGCUUAUCUAUUUCCUACUGUUGCCCUCUGAGUAAGAUACUCUCUCCUUGCUAGGAUGAUUAAUAGAAAGGAAUAGGUGGGCGGGGUGUGGCUGAGGAUUGAAACUUGAAUUAUGAAAAUGUUGGUUUUCCCCUGGGAUGAAUGAAAAUUGUGGUGUAGAUGGAUCGUUUCUGUUGGUGACAUUCUCUAUCGAUUAAUAGAGAGCCAUAUGGCCUCUGAUAAAAGUUCGUUAUGAAGAAAUUUCUCUAUCGAAUGUUCCACUUA